AUGCAUUCGCUUUCCGGUUCAUCCGGUAAUGGAAGUAAUCAAUUAUAUCAUCGUUCUGGUCUUGUACUUGUGCCAAACUCGAGUAUACUUUACAUUGCUGAUACGUACAACCGCCGCAUUAUGACGUAUUUGCUAAAUGCAACGUCAGGUUCUGUUGCUGCUGGUGGUGGCCAUGGAGCCGGUGCUGGCAGUAAUCAGUUAUGUUAUCCUUACAGUUUCACAUGGGAUUCAUCAUCAACUAGUGCUAGUAGUUGGAUGCUUGCUGAUGGGGUCACUGGCAUAUCUGGUAACACAUCGAUACACUUGGUAAAUCCCUUAAGUAGAGUCCUCGAUCCAAUGGGUAAUAUGAACGUAGCUGAUAUCAAUAAUCGUCGUAUUCAAAUUUUCUUGUUUGAUCAGUCGGAUAGCACGACAAUUGCGGGAGUGACUAACUUAUCUGGCACUAGUUCUACUCGACUGACAACCCCGUAUUGGGCAAUCCUGGACGAUCAGCUUCAUUUGUACGUGGCAGACACAUUCAAUAGUCGAGUUCAAAAAUUUAAACGCUAUUAA